GAGCCAUGGCCUUCCUGUGGAUCCUCUCCUGCCUUGCCUUCGCCGGCGCCGCCUACGGUUGCGGCAGCCCCGCCAUCCCUCCCGUCAUCACCGGGUACUCCCGUAUCGUCAACGGUGAGGAGGCGGUGCCUCACUCUUGGCCCUGGCAGGUGUCCCUGCAGGACUACACUGGCUUCCACUUCUGCGGCGGCUCCCUCAUCAACGAGAACUGGGUUGUGACGGCCGCUCACUGCAACGUCAGGACCUCCCACCGCGUGGUUCUUGGAGAGCACGACCGCUCAUCCACGGCUGAGGACAUCCAGGUCAUGAGAGUCGGCAAGGUGUUCAAGCACCCUCGCUACAACGGCUUCACCAUCAACAACGACAUCCUGCUCAUCAAGCUGGCGAGCCCCGUCCAGAUGAACAUGCGCGUGUCCCCCGUGUGCGUGGCCGAGACAGGCGACAACUACCCUGGCGGAAUGAAGUGUGUGACCACCGGCUGGGGUCUGACCCGCCACAACGCCCCCGACACGCCUGCUCUCCUGCAGCAAGCCUCCCUGCCCCUGCUGACCAAUGACCAGUGCCGCCGUUACUGGGGCAACAAGAUCAGCAACCUGAUGAUCUGCGCCGGCGCCUCCGGAGCUUCCUCCUGCAUGGGCGACUCUGGCGGCCCCCUGGUCUGCGAGAAGGCCGGCGCCUGGACUCUGGUCGGUAUCGUGUCCUGGGGAAGUGGAACUUGCACGCCCACCAUGCCUGGCGUGUACGCCCGUGUCACCGAGCUCCGCGCCUGGAUGGACCAGACCAUCGCCUCCAACUGAGCAGUUUGCAUUUUUACUGUGAUGUUCAAUAAAAGACAACAAAAACCAAA